CCGGCCUGGCGGGAGCUGAGAUUGGAGGCUUCGGACGGUCCAGCAGCUCAGGGAGUCAGUACGGUGUGGCAAGAGUGAUCAUUCAGAGUGCAGGUUCACCGGAUCAGAGAAGUUCAGGGGCAAGGGUGUGGCCUUUCAUUCGAAAAUAAAUUGAGUGCAUCAGAGGGAAGUGGAGAGCCACAUAUGCAGUGCUGUUUGAUUUAUUUUUUUUCGUGGGGUGUGAGAUUUACGAUGCGUGGCGGCUCACAGAGGAAGCAACCUGCACCAAACAGCAUGAACUGCAGCAAAGGAAACUGAACCAGACGCAGAACCAGCAGCAGCAUCAGGGUCAAAUCUGUGAAAUGUGCAGCUCAUCGUCACGUUAACCAAGUUGGCCAACUCCCCUAGCGCAGGCAGCCGGUGAUCCUGACCAUCACAGAGUCAGAGCUGGUCUGAAUGUGAGGUGGAACCGGCACAGAGGCAGAGAUGCGGAGAAAUCGAAGAAGAGGAGGCAACAAAGAGAAAGUGUUUGGAUGUGAUCUGCUGGAGCAUCUGGCCACCUCCUGUCAGGAGAUUCCCCUGGUGUUGCGAAGCUGCAGUGAGUUCGUUGAGGAGCAUGGCGUCGUGGAUGGAAUCUACAGAUUGUCUGGAGUGUCAUCCAACAUACAGAAAUUACGGGGGGACUUCGAUAGCGACGCGAGCCCAGAUCUGAACAAAGAUGUGUAUCUUCAGGACAUCCACUGUGUCAGCUCUUUGUGUAAAGCUUACUUCAGAGAGCUGCCCAACCCUCUGCUCACGUACCAGCUGUAUGACAAGUUUGCUGAGGCUGUGGCCAUCCAGCUGGAGGAGGAGAGACUGGUGAAGAUCAGAGAUGUGCUGAAAGAACUGCCAACUCUACAUCACAGGACUCUGGAGUUUCUGAUGCGUCAUCUUGUCAAAAUGGCCUCAUAUUCCUCCGAAACGAACAUGCACGCCCGGAACCUGGCCAUCGUCUGGGCCCCUAAUCUGCUCAGGUCCAAGGACAUUGAGGCUUCUGGAUUCAACGGGACGGCAGCCUUCAUGGAGGUCAGGGUCCAGUCCAUCGUGGUCGAGUUCAUUCUCACCCACGUUCCUCAGCUGUUUCCUGAAGACGGUGUGUCGAGUGAGAGAAGGAAGUCGCUCCCCUCCCCAUCACUGACGCCCAAUCAGGACAUGCUGUUUCAGCAGAAGUCCCCUCAGCCCAACUUUGGCAACAUCAGUCCGGGAGACGGCCCCCUCCCCAUCAGACCCUACCAUGCUAUCAUCGAAGGCACAGACAAGAGAAAAGGGUCCCUCAAAGGCAGGAAGUGGAUGUCCAUCUUCAACAUUGGGGGGCGAUUCCAAGACCCACGACGGAGGCACAAACACUCAGCCAAGGAGAAAGAUAGGCCGGCUUUGAGACCUGCAAGAAGCAUGGACAACCUCCGCACGCCGUAUCCAAACGAAGGAACCGUCCUCUCAGUUGCUGGGCAUUCUGCCCUCCGUCCUCCAUCCAGUGACGCAUCCCCUGCCGUCAACACCUCCUCUCAGUCUGGCCCAGACAUGACGAUAUCUGCCGGUGGGAUAGGUGGUAGUGAAUAUGCUGUGACCUACCGUAGGGGGACGGGCUUAGUAAGUGGGGGUGCAGGGACCCAGGGCACCUACACAGCUCUGGACCCGGAUAGUUUAGGGAUGGCAGGUAGUGAGGGCGUCCAAUCCAGAUCCCCGGGACUUUCCAGCAAAGCUGGUCGCAGAGCAGCCAUGCACAUCACCGGACCUACCAUGGUCCGCGUGCCCCUUCACAUCACCUCUAACCUGGCAUUAGGGGUCCUGCAGGGAGGGGGGAGCGACAGGCUCAUCCACCGGGGAAGAGAUAAGGAUCGAGGGGACAAGGUGGAAGGUAUGGAGGUAGCGGAGAAGGUGGAGAAGAAGGAACAAAGAGAGAUUGAGAGAAAGGUGAAAGAGGACAGGAAGGCUGAGGAAGAGAAGAAGAAUCAAAGGGAACAAGGAGAUGUGAAACUAGAUGGAAAUAAAGAAGAAGUAGUUGGGGAGAAAAAGAGAAAAGGAACAGAAAAAGAGGGAGAGGAAGAGAUGAGAGGAGAACCAAAGCAAGAACCAGUGAUGGGAGGCCAAGGCGUGCCCAGAGAGCAACGAGUCAAAAGCCACAACUCCAAGGAAGACGACAAUAAAGAUGCUCCAGGAGUUGAUCAAGUAGUUGAUGACAUCAACGAUUACAUAGACAUGGAAGGGAACGAGCAGGAAGCUGGACAGCCAGCGGAGGUGACUCAGCAUGAAAGAGACGGCGUGUUUGAUGCCUCUGACAUCCUCAACUCCACUGAGACGGAGCCGGAUGACCCCGAGCUGUCCGGUUAUGUUCAAGAAAGCUUGGAAUUUCUGGACCACAUACUCAGCAUGCCUUAUCAGGUGAACGAGUUCUCCGUUGAACCUCCCGGACACUCAGAUGAUGAGUAUGAAAUCAUGGAGCAAGCCCAGUGCUCCCAGCAUCCUGCAGCCGUGGAAACCCAGAGUCCGACAGAGUUAAGUCCGCACAGACCGCUCAGCCUGGACCUGCACAGUCGACACACUAAAUCCCUCAGCCUGCCCUACAUGACCUCCCCCAUCCACGCACCGGAGGACUCCUGCUCUGAGGACUCCUGCUCUGAGGACGAAGCUCUGCCGGACGAUGGUUAUCCUAAUGAUUACAGCAGUGAAGAAGACGACGAGAGCAUGUUCAUGCAAAGCCUUCCAGCAGAUUUCAUUCUUAACACCUUGCCUGGGAUUGAACUAGACACCGAAAGCCAGGACCAGUCUCAGCCUGAGCAUGUGCAAGGUUUACAGAGCUCUGAGGAAAAACACUGUCAGUCACUGAACCUUGAACUUCCUGCUUGUAAAGAAACAUCAGGAAAGCAGGAGCAGGUACAUGAGGAAUGUGGAGAUGAGGAAGAUGGACUGGAAGAGAUGGGCGUUGUACAAAAGAAGGAGGACCAAGUUCAACAUGGACAAGACCAACUGAAAGAUGAAAUGCAAAGUGGAGAAACAGAGGAAGGUCUGAGUAUCACUGAACAAGGUCAAAGUGAAAAAUCUCCGACUUUAGAGACACCAACCACUCCCGUUGUUGAGGUUCAACAACUGAGCAGUGAGGACAGCAAUGAAUCAAACCCUGCGUCUGAAACGGAGGCCGGGGAUGUGGAGGAAGAGGCUGAAAUUUCUCCCAGUGAUUGUCCACCUCAGGGAACUCUUUAUGCCAUGCAGAAAGAGACUUUCACAGAAUUCACUGACGCUCCUGUAAAGCUAGAAACACAUGCCAGUGGCUGUGUUGAAGAGCUGGCAACAGAGAGCGAAAACACGUGUCAAAAAUCUGUCCCGGAGACCAAAAACAGUCAUGAAAACAUGUGUGAAGAAGACAGAGAGGAAGUCGUUAAAGGAUCAGCAGAUGAAAAGUAUCAAGAGGAGAGUAGAGCAAUCUGUGGGGAAAAUCCUGACAUCUGGAAUGAGCUUGAGGAUGUCAUAUGUGAAGUGAUAGAGGAUGAGGAAAAUGAACAGUGUGAGAGGGUUGUUGCUGGUUCCCAGGCAGAUGUGGUAAAAGAUGGCGCGGGGGAAGAGGAGACAGCAGAUUCCUCAGCAGAGAAAGUGGUUGAAGCUGGUGAUGUUGAGACAAACAAGACAGAGUUUAGAGAAGAGGAAGAGGGGGCAUCUUUGGAGGCCAUUGAAGUAAAACUUCGAGAGUCGGAGGAAUAUGAGACUGACUCCCCGAUGGGAGGUGAAUUAGAAAGCACAUGCCAGGAGAAAUGUGCCUUCAGUGAAGAAACACAGCAUCACGAGAGAGCAGAAGUGGUUACAGAAGCAGCAGAAAAAGAGAAGAAUGAGAACGAGAGAGCAGAUGAGGGAAUCAGAGCGCAGCCAAGUGGAGAUAAACAGCUGACGGCAAACAGAUCUGAGAUGAAGGAAGUGAGCGUGUGCAAAAAGUUGGAGGACCGCAACAGCACUUCAGAAGGAAUUGGGAGAAAGCUGAUCGUCUCCAAACAACCGAAAGUUUACCAGGUCAAAGCGGUGCCCGUGGUGCCGCCGAAGCCGCAGCACUGCAAAGCCGCCGCCCGGCACCUCCGGCAGCGACAGCAGAGGGAGUGCAGGGAGGCAGAGUCAGGGAAAGACAACCUGCAGAGCGUCCCGGCGGAGCAGGACAAAGUUGGUGCCGGCGAGCAGGCGGAAGACGGGGAGGACCGGAGCGCCCAGAGAAAGGAGAGGCCGACACCCCUGAAGGAGAGGGAGAGGAGGAGGGAGGGGGCCGAAGGGGCCGUGGCCACGAGGGACAGCAGCAGAAACAGUCCCCUCAGCAUGUGCUUCGAUGAGGCAGUUGCCAUGGCAACCAUGAGGCGGGAAAAGGAGCGGGCCCGGGAAGGGGAGGCAGAUGCAGAGGGCCUGAGGAAGUGAAGUACAGGGAGGAGGCGUUUUAUGUCCGUAUAGCGUCGGGAUUAAAAACCAGCAGGGCAGACUUUUCUUUUUUCUUUUGUACAUGUCGCAUAAAAGUGGUAAUUUCCUUUGUAAACCGAAGAUUGUUUUUCAUUCAAGAUCACAUCAGUAAUUUCAGUCAAAUUCUGCAGGAUCUGAGUUGCUGUCGGGCACAAACUCGAUCUGCAGAGAUGUGAAUCUUAAACUUGUUUUUUAAAAGUACUUGAGAUCAAUAUAUUAAACCCCUGGAGUGCCAAGAUGCCACACAGGAGAGUUAAAAGAUUAAGGGCUAAUCAUUGUGCAUAUGAAGUUAAAUGGAAUAGAAACUGUAAUGUUGUAAAAACUAUAGUGUAGUUCGACCGAAGUGACCAAAUAUGGUCACUUGACCUCUAAAGGCUUAAAGGUGAACUGCUGCUCCAACAUGACAAUCCAUAUGAGUAAACUAUAUUUUCACUGAGGUACAGUAUAUACAGUUUGUUCCUUUUACAGUCUUGUUUUGUGAAACAAAACAGCAUGCUUUUUUAACAAACCAUCUCGGACCUAAAAAUCUAAGAAAUGGCCUUAAAUUUGACCCCAUCACUUCCACACUGAUUGCACUGGUUAGUCCCCAUCUGAUCACUGAACAUCUUUUGAUCAUACAUAAAGUAUAUGUACAUAAACAAUACAUCUAGUAAGAAAAGGCCUGAUUGUGGUCUGAGGCCGAUGAUAAAAUAUAUAAUAAAUGAAUUUAAAGUCUGUACUAUUGACAGUAUUUUUGCCGAAUGUGAAUAAAAAUAUGUUUU